AUGCUGGCGCUAAUAAACCGGCUUUUGGACUGGUUCAAGUCGUUGUUUUGGAAAGAGGAGAUGGAGCUGACGCUGGUUGGCCUACAAUACUCUGGGAAAACAACAUUUGUAAACGUGAUUGCUUCGGGGCAUUUCAGUGAAGACAUGAUCCCAACUGUUGGCUUUAACAUGAGAAAAGUCUCCAAAGGAAAUGUCACCAUCAAGAUCUGGGAUAUAGGAGGGCAGCCCAGAUUUAGGAGCAUGUGGGAACGGUACUGUCGGGGUGUCAAUGCAAUUGUGUACAUGGUUGAUGCAGCGGACAGAGAAAAGGUCGAGGCGUCACGAAAUGAACUUCAUAAUUUAUUAGACAAACCUCAACUUCAAGGAAUUCCUGUAUUGGUUCUCGGCAACAAAAGGGAUCUUCCAAAUGCUUUAGAUGAAAAGCAGCUUAUUGAAAAGAUGAAUUUGUCAGCUAUUCAAGACCGGGAGAUUUGCUGCUAUUCAAUUUCCUGCAAAGAAAAAGACAACAUAGAUAUUACUCUUCAGUGGCUCAUCCAGCACUCAAAAUCCAGAAGGAGCUGA